GGAAUAGAGGUGACGAGUGACGCUGUGGAACAGAACAGAGCUAGGUUUGCCAGUUGGAAAGAAAGACCUAGAUUUAAAGUGGGCUGUCUAUUUCUUCAUACUAGAUACUGGAGAUAAUUGAAGCAAAGGACGGAUUUAAAUCCUUAUAACUUAGUAUUUUUGUAGUUUCAAGCAAUUCAUCGGUUAUCUAACAUGUUUUAAAGAAAGGUGUGAUUGUGGCUCAUCAGCAUCAAUAACAAUCUGCAGUUUGGAAUGAGGUGAUGCCCAUGAGAAUCUAAUGGCUGGCUCCAUGAACAAAUUUGAGGAUGACUGCAUCCUUAUAGAGGAUGAUGAUGAAGAUGAUAGAGAAAAUAUUCAUGAAUUCAAUCACAAACAAGAUGAUGAUGACAUUGAAAUUGUAUUUGACAGUGCAAGCUCCAUUGUGCUCAAUAAGAACAAUAAUCACAACUACAGGAAAAGACCCUACUCUGCCUUGAAUGAAACAAAAAAUAAUGAAAAUAGAAUGGCUGUCAUAGAUUUGACAGAUGAUGACGAUGAAUAUAAUGAAAACAUGAGAUUCAGGUCUCGAAUAUUGAAAGAUUUUCCUGGUCUCUGUAUUGAUUUGAUCAAUGGUCUCAAUUUCUACAAUCGACUCCAGGAAAAUGAGAAAACUGAGAGAUUGAAACAAUUAGAAAAAGAAGUAAGAAAGAUAACCUCAUUAUCUAUUGGAAUGCUUGAAGCUUGGUUGAUCAAAAAAACCUUGAUACUUCAGAAUCAUCACUGUGAAAGGCAUAGAAAUUCUGAUGGGACUAGGGUUAAAAUGACUCUAAUACAAUGCAAUGUAUCAGGUGGUAGUAUUUUCAAAUGGAGUAGACCUUGUUGUAGUGGUGAACGAGCCAUCUCAACCAUGUAUUUCAGGGGGUUUUUUGAUGGUCAACUUUCUCCAAAAUCCAUAUUACACCUCUUGUAUGAUUGGAUAACCCUUACCAAACCUCUACAAGUUGCCAAAGAUCUACAAAAUGUGCCCUUAAGCUCAAUACAUAAACUGUAUUGCUAUUUUAGAGCUGUCUGCACAUCUGCUAUCCAUGAACAUUUUGAAAAACUUGGUGGGCAACGGAGAGCUGUAGAAGUCUGUUUAAUGUAUGUUGGCGUAAAGGACAAUGCAAUGAAGAGAUUGAAAAUUGUAAUAGUUGGUGCUUAUGAUGUGACAACCAAAAAGAGAAUCAUUUUGUCAUUACCUCCUAUAUCCCUGAGAUCUAAUAGUACAUCAUUAGAUAUUCUCUCGUGUUUCAUUGAUCAACAAAGUGUCAUUGUGAUAGACAGGACAGUAAGUAAGAGUUUAUUCACAAAUGUUGGGUUUCAGAAUGUGUAUUAUCCAUUCAUCGAUGGAGGUAUUCCAGUGAACAAUUCGAAGGUUAUACAAUUAACACGAUCCUCUCUCCACAUCUUUGAUGCCUCUUUGAGCUCUCUCUCAACAGCACAAAUUCAAUUGUGCCUCAAUGAAUUGAUGUGGCGUGAAGAAUGGGGAACACAUAGUUUGAGUGCCUACAACAAAUUCCUGGCCCAUGUAAGUGAACUCACCAGAACUGUUGAAAAUUUCAAAACUCUAAGUGCAGUGCAUUCAGUGCUUGAUGCAAUUGUUGCCAAUCCUCAUGAGCAUUGGAGGUACUCACGAUUGGAAUGCUGCUCCACAAACUGCUCUACUACAACCAAUCAUCCAGCUGUUUCUACAGUGCAAUCAACUACACUCAACAAAUCUGCAAUCAACAGGUCAUUAACAGAAUCAACUACACUCAACAAAUCUGCAAUCAACAGGUCAUUAACAGAAUCAACUACACUCAACAAAUCUGCAAUCAACAGGUCAUUAACAGAAUCAACUACACUUAACAAAUCUGCAAUCAACAGGUCAUUAACAGAAUCAACUGCAGAAGAACCCUCAUCAGUAUCAGUUAUAGAACCUUACUACUAUGGAACCUAUUCAGGAGAUGAGGUAAUUUCUAGUGAAGCUGAUUUUUCUGUUAGCUGUCAUCUCUGUGCUGAAACAUUCUACAAAAAUGAUUUAUUCAUUGAACAUUUGAUACAACAUUCUCUGAACAAGACUGGUUUCAAUAGAAUAAGAGUUUGUACAGUUUGCCUGAAAAGCUUCAGCAAUGAAAUAAAAUUAAGAAAUCAUAUCACUAAUUUUCAUAAAAAUAAACCUAGUGAAACUUCAUGUUUGAUUUGUGAUGAAGAUUUUUCAUAUCGGCUUAGACUUCUGGAACAUAUGAAAGAUACUCAUUCAGAACUUGAAUUACCUUUUCGAUGUGGUCUAUGCAAUUUCAUGUGUUCUGAACAAAAACAUCUAAGCAAACAUUAUUCUUCAUUCCACAAUCAAAAUAGAAGUAUUUGGUGUCCGGUCUGUUUCAAAAUAUUUGUUAUAGAACCUGAGCAAGAUAAGCUCUUAUAUGAUCUCAACAAUUUCACUCAACACAUAUUGCGACAUCUUCAAAAGCCAUUUGUUGAAAAAUGUCCUAAGUGCUCACUCAAUUUUAUACAUGCUGUUGCUAUGAAAGACCACUUGGAAAAUGAUCAUGGCAGUUGCAAAAACAAGAUGGGAAUUGUCAGACAUAGUAGUAUUGUGACUGAAAGAGACUCUAGAAUUGUUAGAGAUAGGAAUCAGAAGUCAGGGUCAGCUCGUCACAAUAGUAAAGUACUAACAACAAUUGUGAAAAUGUACAACACAAUUCCCAUUCAGAGACUCGAUGUUUUUGGUCUUUCACCAAGUUCAAUGUGUAUUGAAUGUGAAGGACCACUUACUCAUCACAAGUUCAAUUCCAGGUUCAACUGCAAGAAAUGUACUUAUUCAACAUUUUGUGAACAAGCUGUCCGAUAUCAUGUGAUGGAUAUCCAUAUCAAGGAGUACUCCAGACACUCCUUAUUAAAAUUCAGAGAUAAUUCAUUAUCAUGUUCUUGUGGUUACCUUAGUAAGUACAACAAUAAAAUGGCUAAACAUUUUAGCUCUUGUAAAGUAAAACUACUUUAUGGAUACAAUGAAAAUGUAGUAAACAACUUCAUUGUUUCAUCUGUAAUACUCAAAAAGUCUGUAACUAAUAGUCAAAUGCAGUCCACACCCAGUGUCCUGUUAUCUGUUGGACUUAUUAAAAGAUGAUGUUAGCUUUCAUCAGCAGUAAUCAAGCUGAUGUGGCUCAAUCAAUAAUUAUGUUUGUAUAAUAGAUGAAUAAAUGAUUUUAUCAAGUGUUCUGAUUGUUUCAAAGAUUAGAGGCCUACAGUAAGACUUCUUAUUUCUAUUAAUUAUUCAUUGAUCUUGAACAAACAAGAGACCACUUUUAAAUAGUCAGUCAAGGUGGAGUUUAUGAUUAAUAGCAACUCAUUAUUAAUAAGUUUUAAUGCUUGGAUUAGAGAAUAGUGGUUUAUCUCUAACAGUACAAAUAUAGUGCCAAAUUUCUUCUAACCUUCUCUCAAUUUGAGGAUAAAUCAGCAAAUUAACUAUUUGUGUUCACCCAACUUUUGUCAUAUAGGCCUGAUAUCUUCAAUCAACAAUUUUCUUUGUCCUCUAGACAAUGACAUAACACUCUUUUUUUUCAAAUAACUGAGCUUGUAUUUUAUUUGGUGCCUCAUAGAGAAAGACCUCAAGUGCUGUUGAUUGAAUGUUAUAAUGUUUAAUCUAAGAAUUUUUCUGUCUCAUACAUUACCAUUGUAAAUAUUUUUGAUGGUGAAAUUGUGUUCAAGCCUUUUGGUAAUUCAAUAUGGUAUUUGUUUCUUUCAUCAUUCAGGAAUAUUGGACAUUAAUGUCACAUAUAUAUUUGUAAAUGUUAUGGAUUGUGAAAUUGUGUUCAAAUCUGUUGAUAAUUUGAUAUUAUUGUUUCAGUUAUGAAGGAAUAUUUUAUUUUUUGUUACAUAUAUAAAAUAUAUACAUACAUAUUUUAUCUAUCAGUAUUUUUAUUUUUUGUUUUAGCUGGGUUACAUAACAUUUACAAUCAAAAUGAAAAAAAAAUUCUCAGAUCUAACAAUUGAUGUUAAACAUUUGCAUGACCAGUAUUUAUAGAAAAUUCACAUAAUCAUCCCAAGUGGAAUCAAUCAUUCUGUACACAUGAAAUUGCAACAUUCAAAUCACUAAUCCCUUACAGAUUAAUAAAUAUAUGGAUGCAUAAUAUAAAUUAUUGAAUUGAAAAUUAUGUGUGGAACAUAUAACAACAACAACAAAUAGCUAUGAUACAAAAAUGAUUGAUGAAUUAGGUAAAUGGUAAAAGAUUAUCCAGAUAAAUUUGUGUAAUAAAGACUAUCUGGAAGUCCAAUCUCUCUAGGCAUCAAUUCUGCAUCACUGUAGAAAUCAAUCUAAAUACAAACUAUUCUUGCCAAUAGAUUGUAUUUCUUUCAUGAAGCAAUCUCUGAAAAAUUAAAUACGUUGUUGCCAAUCUUGAACACUCUCAAAGUGUUUGAACGUAUUAAAAAUUAAUAUGUGAAUAUUAGUUGUGAACAGUAGGUCAACAGUCUCCAAUUUAUCAUAUUUUUUAAUUAUAAAGUUUUUUGAUUUGUUUCUAUUUUAGUAUAUACUAAGAUUAUAUAAUCUGUUUAUAGAAAGAAGAGACAACAAAACAUGAAAUUUGUAAUUUUGUAUGUAUAAAAAUGUUUUCUCAUAAGAUCUUAAUUGCUUGACUUGUAAAUACCAGCUUACAAUCCUAUCAUAUUAUUAUUUAUUUAUUUGAACAAAAAACAAGUGAGUUACAAAGUCAAAAUAACAAUAUUUUUUAUUUCUAGUUCAUGAUUUCAAAAUGGAUCAGAAAAUAUUUCUCAUCCCCCCAUAAGGGAACAUGUAGGAUAUAAGAAAUUGAAACCAGAAAAAAAUGAUGUCACACAAAAUGAAAUUGACCAUGAAAAGCUCUAUAUGACAAGCACUCAUAGCUGAUGUACUGUGACUAUUAAGUUCCUUAUUUAUUUCCUAUUUUCUGAGUGCUAAGCAUUACUGCUCCAAUGGAGUCUUACUGCUCCAAUAACCACUUACACAAUGUUUGUUUACAUUGUCUUUCAGCUCCAUGAAUAGACCAGGUUUUGUAACAGUUAAUUUAGUUUAUCAUAAUGUUUCACAGGUGAAAUUGACUCACAAAUAAUUCUUAAGCAAAAAAAGCCAUGCACAUUCAAUUUAAAUCAAUAGCAACAGAGGAAAAAUGAACAAAAUUGAUAUUUGUGAAAAAAUAAAAGAAAUGAACAAAAAAUGAUAAUAGUGAAUAGAUAAAAUGAUGUAUAAUAAUGUAUAUAGAUGUAUACAAGUGUACAGAUAUAGGUCACUUUAGUGAAUAAAAUAUUGAUAUCUGAUCAUAUAAUUCUAUUUUUGAGAAUUUGGUGAUAAAUAAAAAUGUUUUACUGAU